AUGGUUAAAAGAGAAGUGGUUGCUUUGAUCCCUGUGGUGGUGGCCGUUGUUUCGGAUUCUCCGCCUUCCAAUGAGCUUGGACUUGUUUUAAGUGAGGGAAAAGUGGAAGAGAUAAUUCCGAUGAAGAGAUUGAAGAUAGACCGGGCUCCGUAUGUUCCUUUGGACAAGAGAGUAGACAAAGAAGGUCCUGAAAUCUUUGUCUUGAGCUGCAAGCAAAGAAGGGCUGCUCUCAAACACAAAAAUGUCAAGGGAAACAGUGAUCUAUUGAAGUUUGAAUACGCCGUGCCUUAUUUGGAUCCAGCGGCGCAAGUGGAAGAAGAAGCAAAGGGAGAAAAUAUUGAAGUUGGAGUUAGGGAAGGCGGCCGGAGAAGAAGUGUGGAGAAUAUGAUGAAGAUGAGGAUUUACAAGUUCUAUCCGGUACAAACACCGGAUACUACUGACAUAUCAGAGUUUACGAAUGCAUUUGUCAACAGGUACUAUGGCACCGCUCAUGAGAUUCUGUGA